CCCAUGUUGCGCUACCAGUCCAACUUGCCUCGUUUGCCCGUGCCCAAGUUUGAAGAAACGUUGGCAAAGUACUUGAACACCGUCAAGCCCUUGUUGAGCGAGGCCGAAUACCAAAAGACCGAGGCUUCUGUCAAGGAGUUCGUGUCGAGCGGCAUGGCUGAGAAAUUGCAACAACGAUUAGUGGCCAAGGCCAACGACCCUAAUGUUUUGAACUGGUUGGACGACUGGUGGCUCGACGCUGCUUACCUCGGUUACCGUGAUCCAGUCGUCAUUUAUGUCAGCUACUUUUAUCUGUACAAGGACGACAAGCUGCGUCGUUUGCCUGCCCAGCGUGCUGCUGCUGUCACGACUGCUGCUUUGGAGUUCAAGAAGCAGGUUGUCGAAAACACUUUGGAGCCUGAAUAUGCCAAGGGUGAACCCCUCUGCAUGGACCGCUACAAAUACAUGUUCAGCAACUGCCGUAUUCCCAAGAAGCCCGCAGACGAAAACGCCAUGUACGAUCCUGCAAAGAACACCCACAUCCUUGUGAUUCGCAAGAACAAGUUUUAUGUUGUCGACACCGUGCACAAUGGCCGUCAGUUGACGACGGGCGAGCUUGAAUACCAGUUCCAGCGUGUCUAUGAUGCCGCUGGAUUCACCAAGGGUGUUGGCUUUGGCGCCUUGACUGCUGAUAACCGUGACAAUUGGGCUGAUAACCGCGAGCUUCUGUUGGCUGCUCACCCUGAAAACAAGAACCUCUUGGAAAAGAUCGAAUCCGCUUCCUUUGUCGUGUGCCUGGACGAUUACUCGCCUGUCACCCGUGACGAGAGCUGCCGUGCUUGCUGGCACGGCGAUGGCCGCAACCGCUUCUUUGACAAGCCCUGUCAGUUCAUCAUCUACGAGAACGGCAAGGCCGGUUUCAUGGGCGAGCACGCCAUGAUGGACGGCACGGCCACCUGCCGCUUGAACGAAUAUGUCUGCGAUGCUGUCGCCAAGGCCCAGCCUGCCAGUGUUCAGGCUAACACCACCCUGCCUGCUCCUUCCGAGCUGCAGUUCCAGAUCAACAGCCAAGUCGACCAGGCUGUCCGGGCUGCCGAGGCCCGCUUCGACCAGCUGAUCGCCAACCACGACUUGACCGUGCUUGCCUUCCAAGGCUUUGGCAAGAACCUGAUCAAAAAGUUCAAGACCUCGCCCGACGGCUUCGUGCAGAUGGUCAUCCAAUUGGGCUACUACAAGAUGUUUGGCACCUGCCGCCCCACCUACGAAUCGGCUCAGACCCGCAAGUUCCAGUUGGGCCGUACCGAGACCUCGCGCACCGUCAGCCAAGACUCGCUCGACUUUGCUCGUAUCAUGGAAUCGAACGCCCCCAACGAGCAAAAGAUUGCUGCCUUCCGCAAGGCCAUCAAGACCCAGGGCGCUUACAUGGGCCAGUGCGUCAAUGCUCACGGCGUCGACCGACAUUUGUUUGGCUUGAAGAAGUCUUUGAACGCCGACGAAGCCGUGCCUGCUAUCUUCACCGACCCCACAUACGCCUACUCGUCUCACUGGUACUUGUCCACAUCGCAGCUGUCCUCGGAAUACUUUGAUGGCUAUGGCUGGGGCCAGGUCGUCAACGAUGGCUUUGGCGUUGCUUACAUGAUCAAGAACAACGGCCUCAGCUUCAACGUGGCCAGCGUCAAGGAUCUGGAAAUCGAUGGCAAGAAGUAUGUGAACGGCACCCACCACUUCAAGCAGUGCUUGGAGGAUGCUGCUAAUGAGUUGGGCGAGCUGCUCUCGACCGAGAUCAAGCCCCAAGCCAAGUUGUAAAUUAUAAAAACCGGUCUGCUUUCCCUUUCCAACCAUAUAUCAUCUCUGCCCACUGCUAUAGACGCCCCACACCUAUUAUCUACUGAUACUUCUCCUCCUCCUCCUCCUCUGUCUUUAUUAUUGACAAAUGCUGAUGAGCGUUGCUCCAUCAUUAUUUUAUCACCAUCAUUAAAAAAUAAACUCCGACUGUCUCACAAUGUUGAAUAUACGCCCUCCCCACAUAAACACUUGCUUGUUCUUCUCUUUU